UAUAUAUAUAUAUAUAAGGUGUGGGGUCAGGAAGGCUUUCUGACUAGGCAGCCACAGCUACACAGACCAGGCAGAGCUAAUGAGACAUAAUAAAAGUAUGACUCUGUAAAGAUGAAGAGAUAAGAUGGAGGAAGACAACGAUGACAACACAGCAGCUGGAGGAGGAGGAGAGUCUGAAACCAAAUCUGUUCCAUCUGCAGCCAGUGAGAACGUGAUCCCUAAACUCACACUUGUGUUAAUUGGUGACAAGAAUUCCAUUGAGAUUGGAUCAAAAAACAUCUUACUUGACCAUGAUGGACAAACUAAUGUGGAACAGUUUUCAACCAGACUGUAUGAUUUGUGUGGUCGGCACAUCUCUGUCAUUAACAUGCUUGGUCUACAAAACAUUGAUAAAUUCCCAUUAAAUCAGGAAAUUCAUGCAUUUCUCUUACUGUUACCAAAUGGUCGGCAUACCAGCCAUUACAGUUCAGGACUGCAGUGGUUAGAAAAAGCUUUUGGGAAAGGAUCACUUGCUUAUGUAAUGACAGUUGUGACUCAUAAGUCAGGUGAAAACUCUGAAAGUGCCCUGACAGACCUGAGAGCAAACAGCAGUUUUGUUGAAAAAAGAUUCCACACAUGUACAAGAAGUAUGAUGGAUGAAAUAGAGAUAAUAGCUCUGCUGGAAAAAAUAGACAUCAUGGUCUCUGAAAAUGAUCACCACUGCUACAGUGGAGUGAUGUGUGAUGAAAAAGAAGAGCAGAAACUACACCUGCUGGACCAUAAAGAAGAAACAAUGGAUUCCUCAGUGUUUCAGCAAAAUCAAAGAGUAGAGGAGUUGGAGGAGAAUUCAGCUGAAAUCAAGUGUGAUCCAGUGAAUGAACCUGGUGAAGGUGAACACUCAGAGAAGAAUGAUGACAACACAGGAGGAGAGUCUGAAAUCACAUCUGUAUCAUCUGCAAACAAUGAGAAAGUAGACAAGCUGGAGGAGAGUGCAGCUGAAUCAGAGGUGAAGUGUGAUCCAGGAGAUGAAUCUGGUGAUGGUGAACAAUCAAAGAAUGAAGACAACACAACAGUAGGAGGAGAAUCUGAAAACAAGCCUGAACUAUCUGAAACAACUGAUGAAGGUAACAUUUUAAUAAAUACUUUAAUAGUACAAUAACAUGAACAACUCAAGAAUAGAGCUA